CCCCAGCCUCCAGCAGCCCCACCAUGCAGGCAGACUCUGUGCUCCACAGCGGGUACUUCCACCCAGUGCUGCGCUCCUGGCAGGGCACGGCCACCACCUUCGACGCCUCCAACCUCAUCUACCCCAUCUUUGUCACGGACAGCCCUGAUGCUGUGGAGCCCAUCCCCAGCCUCCCUGGACAAGCCAGGUAUGGAGUGAACAAGCUCGAGGGGAUGCUGCAGCCCCUUGUCCAAGACGGCCUGAAGUGUGUGCUCAUCUUCGGGGUGCCCAGCAAGGUCCACAAGGACGAGAGAGGCUCUGCUGCCGAUGCCGAGGGCACUCCUGCCAUCCAGGCCAUCAGGAGGAUCCGCUCCACCUUCCCAGAGCUGCUCAUUGCCUGUGAUGUUUGCUUGUGCCCUUACACCUCACAUGGGCACUGUGGUAUCCUGCGAGAGGAUGGCACCAUCCAGAACGAGCUCAGCUGCCAGCGGCUGGCAGAGGUGGCACUGGCCUACGCCAAAGCAGGCUGCCACAUCGUGGCCCCCUCGGACAUGAUGGACGGGCGCAUCGGGGCCAUAAAGCAGGCGCUGAUCUCCAACGACCUGGGCAACAAGGUCUCCGUGAUGAGCUACAGUGCCAAGUUUGCUUCCUGCUUCUAUGGACCCUUCAGGAGGAUCUUCGAGGAGGCCCUGCGGCUCGGGGGCGUCCCCCCGGAGCAGGCGGCUCACGUCGGGGAUGAUUACACCCGGGAUUACCGGGCAGCCCGGGCCGUGGGCAUGCACAGCUUCCUGCUCCACACGGCCGGGCACGGCCCGGAGCCCGAGGUGCCCCCCGAGCACGUCCUGCCCACCCUCAGCCACCUCCUGGCCCGGAUCGAGAAGGGGUAG